AGUGUGCGUGUCAGUUUUAAAAAAAAAAUGCGUAAACAAGUGCAUGGGUAUCCUUAUGUAGCCGUGAUGAAAGUAUACAACAAAAUGUUAGGAUGAAGAUUUUGCUUUGGUUUGUGCUCGUGACGUUGUCUGCACUAACACAGACGAGCUGCGACGAGACGACGUCCAGAAAAAAACUCCAAAUUGGCGUGAAGAAGCGUGUUGACAACUGCACCCUCAGAUCGAAAAGGGGCGACACCCUUGUAGUCAAUUACGUGGGAACCUUGGAAGACGGAACAGAGUUUGACAGUAGCUCCAAUUAUGACGAUUCAUUUUUCAUUACUUUAGGAUAUGGCCAAGUUAUCAAAGGAUGGGAGCAAGGAUUAAUCGGAAUGUGCGUAGGGGAGAAAAGAAAAUUAGUAAUACCUCCAGACUUAGCAUAUGGAUCUUUUGGAGCCUUACCAAAAAUACCUCCAAAUGCUACGGUCAUAUUCACCGUUGAACUAGUGAAACUUGUUUCAAAGGAAGAACCUCGUCAGUCUGAUACUCAAUUUCACGAAGAACUUUAAUGAAAAUGAUCUGUCAGUUGCAACAGCUGUUUCAUUUGUGUGAUACUUUUUAUACAUUGCCGUUAUAUUUUAUAUAAAAUUAUUGAAUACAGUAUAUUUUAAUCAUACCAUUCCCAGUACCAUAUAAG